GCAACCCAAGCCUUCCUUCCCUCCGGCAGUGCAAGCUCCAAGCAAGAUGGCUGCGGUCGAGAUGUCCACCCCCGAGAUGGCCGCCGCAAGCACGAGCGCCGCGCCUCGUGGAAGAAGUACGAGACCUACGACUGCGAGGUGGACCCGAAGCAGGUGCUUCGGGGCGACCGCGCAACCGAGAUCAAGCUGCUCUCCUUCAAGCGGCCGCACAUGCGCGGCUUCCACUUCGCGUGGUUCGGCUUCUUCAUGGCCUUCGCGUCGUGGUUCGCGUUCGCGCCGCUGAUGCCGCAGAUCAAGAAGGACCUGGGCCUGACCAAGGACGAGGUGUACAACGCGAACAUCGCGUCUGUGGCGUCGACCGUGCUCAUGCGCUUCGCUGUGGGCCCUUUGUGCGACGUGUUCGGCACGCGCACCAUGUUCUCCAUGCUGCUGUCGUUCGGAGCUAUCCCGGUCUUCUUCGGUGGUCUCGUGAACAACGCUACUGGCCUGGCCACCAUCCGCUUCUUCAUCGGUGUCCUGGGCGCCUGCUUUGUGCCAUGCCAGGCGUGGUGCUCGCAGCUGUUCGCGAAGGAGAUUGUGGGCACGGCCAACGCCAUGGCUGGUGGCUGGGGCAACCUUGGAGGCGGUGCUGUUCAGCUGCUCAUGGUCGGCGUGUGGAACAGGUUCCGCACUGGCAUUGACGACGAGAAGGCCUGGCGCCUUUCUUUCAUCGUCCCCGCAGUUCUGACAUGCGGUACCGGCAUUGGCAUGUACUUCUUUUCGGACGACUCGCCGAAGGGCAACUUCAAGGAACUGACGCAGAGGGGCACAAUGAAGCGCAUGGAUGGCGCGGUGGUUGAAAGCUUGCGCAAGCGCUACCGCCUCGAUGACGUCGAAGAGCUCCUCUCCCUGGUGCCUCCUUUCACUGCGGGCCAAAAUCUUGACGAAUUGGGCAAAAGCUACCGCUUG